UUGGGCCAAAAUAACGUUUUAAUGGGACGAAAAACGCUAGUGGGUAGUGCUACCCAAAUUUUUCCGAACUUGCGGGUAAUUCUAAACAAAUAAAAAAAAUGGGUAGUUGUUCACAAAUCACUCUAUCUUGCGCGUAAUUCUAGACAAAUUUUCUUUUUUUUUUUUUUUUUUUUUUUUUUUUCGUUUUUCAAAUCGAUAAACUGGAACUUUUUCAGUAGCCCCGUACGUAUACUCCUUAUGAAGCUUUUUCUUUUUUCUUCAUUUUCAAUUCCAACGUUUUUUAAUUUUCAGUGAAAUUGAGAUGAGUCUUCUUCCUCACCUUGUCAUCUUCUUUACCUUGAUUAACCUACUCAUCUUUCAUGGGCUUUCAGAGGUGAUUUAUGAAGAUGGGUAUACAGUGACAACAGUUUUUGAUGGCAACAAACUCAAAAUUAAUCCUUACUCAGUUGCAUCUCGCCCAGGAUUCCAUGAUCUCCUCCUUGAUUCAUCUAACAGUGUUUUUUACACUCUCUCUCUUCCACUUUCCCAAGAGAGUUUGGUGAAGAGGUUUUCCGGAAAUGGGCCAAAUGGGGACCAAAAGUACACUGAUGGUGAUGCUAGUUCAGCUAUGUUUAACAAACCCAGAAGCUUUGCUAUGGAUUUCAAGGGGAAUGUAUAUGUUGCUGAUAGAAGCAAUCACGUCGUUCGAAAGAUUAGUCCUUCAGGUGUCUCUACUAUUGCGGGAAGUUCCACAAAGCCUGGUCGUGCUGAUGGACCUGGAGAAGAUGCAACUUUUUCUCCAGAUUUUGAGCUAAGCUUUGUUCCUGAGAUGUGUGCUCUGCUGAUUAUGGACCAUGGAAAUAAAUUGAUCCGCCAGAUCAAUCUGAAGCAGGAGGAUUGUGUUCAUUCAAGAGCUGGUUCCUUGGGGUCCACUACAAUAUGGGUAGCAGCCCUCGCAUUUUCAUGCUUUUUUGGGUUGCUAGUUGGCUUCGCAGUUCGUCCUUACAUAAUCCGGACUGAAGUAUUCAAACGCCUCAACAGCAGCAAGUCAUGGAGGUCUUACCGAAUGAAUCUGGGGAGACAAACUUUGAUGCAUUGCUUCGGCACCAGAAGCGUACUUGCUAGUCCAGCAAUCAGAUUUUUGAAGCAGCUGAUUAUGCCCUUUAUCUCUCUUCUGUCUCUUAUGCUUAGCUUUAUAGUAAAUAGAUUUUAUCCUAGCUCUUCUUCUAGUAUUGUAUGUAAGGAGUACGUUUCUCUUUUAGAUUCUGACAACUUGGGUAAUUCAGAGUGUCUUCUGUCUCGAAAAUAUGCUGACCAGUUGAAGUGUCUGACCACUUUUGAUGGAGACUCGGGAUCAUCCAACAUGUUUAAUGGCAUAUUGAAGAACAAAAAUGUGGUGGAGACGGAUGAUCGCUGUCAUGGGAAGAUCGAUAAUCUGAUCAAAGCUAAUAUAGAAAGCUUCAAUGUCGAUGCACCGGCUGUGCUUGAGGAAACCUUCCUUGGGGUCUCUACUGUAGUCAGGAGGAGAUGAAUUACUAUAACUUUGCUGCUGUAAAUAACUUCAUGUCUGUGUUUCUUUUGCUUCUUCAAAUGACAUUAGGCCUUUAUAUGGUCCAUCAAUUGCAAGUAGGGAUACUGCUGAUUGCUGAAGUUUAGCUGUCCUUGAUUUUGUGCUGCAGUGAUUCCAAUAUACAAAUAUUUAUUACUCCCAAAAUCAAUUGGUUUUUGAGAUUAUA